GAGCAAAACUCUGUCUCAAAAAAAAAAAAAAAAAAAAAAGCAGCAAUUUGCUAGAAGAAUUACAAAUGGCCACAGGAAAAAUGGAGCUUUAUAAGUUACCAGAUAAAUGUAUAACACAUUUAUUUUUCUGUGAUCAUCUUGGCCAAAAAUUUAUUUAAAUUAAUGAUAUGCCCAGUUUUUUCAAUGAUUCACUAAUAAGGACGUUCUUAUACUUUGCUGAGGGGCACGUAAAAUGGUUCAACACUGCUGGAUAGCAAUUUGGAAAUAACUAUCAAGAGCCUGAAAAUAUAUUCAUGAUUUAUGAACGAAUCAUCCUUCAUCCUAAAUUGUAUCUUAAGGAAAUAAUCAGAGAUGUGCACAAAAACAUGAUUGAGUACUGUACUAUAUAUCCAUAAUAGCAUUAUUUAUAACAUUAAAAUUGCAAGUGAGCUGAUUAUCUUCCAUUGACUAACAUAAUAAAAUCCUAUAAAACCAUUAAGUAUUGUAUUUUCUAAGAAUAUUUGAUAAUAUGGACAUCAAUUCAUGUAAAAUAAGUGUAUUAAACUGUAUGUGAAGUAUGAUUUUUAAAAUACUUGGUAAUAUUUCUAAAAAUUACAUCAACAGUUAUUGAUGGAUAAUCAAAGAAUAGAUACAUUUUAAUUCUUUAUAUUUUUAUGAAUUUUAAAAUUUUUUGACAUAAUUCUUUUAUCGUCAAGGAAGACAAUAAAUACAUUUUCCUAAUGUACAAAACAAUCAUGAAUUUUGAGUUUAUAGUUUGGUGAAUUCCAGCAAUUCUAUACAGUUGUGUAACUGCCACUUUAUUCAAGACAUAGAGCAUUUUUAUCACCCUGAAAAUGUUCCUUAUGUCCCUUUGUAGUUGAUUUCAUCUCCCGAAUGAUCCCUGGCAACCAUUGCUCUGCUUUCUGUCACUUUUGUCUUUUCUAAAAUUUCAUACAUAAUUUUGAGAUUCAUUCACAUUACUGUGUCAAUAUUUUCUUCUAAAAAUAUAUAUUUUGAAAUAAUGCUCAGUGUGUGGUUCCCUCCAAGAAUUAACUGUAGAGGGAAGAGGCCAUGGAGCAUAAGGCAAAGAACAAGAGAUCGAGACUCAGAUCUUGGGGAAGUCACCUAUAUUCUCGGAUUCUCAGUUUGCUCAGAUGUAAAAUUAGGAUGAUAUCUUUCUUACCCUUAUCUCAGCAUCAUUAUGGGUAAUGGAUCAGAAUAUGUUUGUUAAACCACUUUGUGAGGCAUCAACAUCAGUUUCUAUUUUUUAUUAUUAUUGUGAACCUGAUUAAAAUGGCUGAUAUGUAAUUCAGUGUUCCUGUCUCCUUCAAAAUGAGAUAUGCCUUUACAUAAAAUAGAGAGUUGCCUUCAUAAAGGUAUAUUAUGACAUCAAGUUAAGCCUUUGAUGAAUUGCCAUCAUGGGAAAUGUUUAUGAAUUGUCCAGAUUUUUAAUGAGUGGCAAUUGAAUUCUCUAGCUUGAGUUAUUUUCAGAUUGAAUUUUUGAUACCUGUACUUACUCCUUUUCCUCUUUUGCUUUUCUUUUCCAAAACCAGUUCCUCUGUAUUUAGAUGUUGGUCUCUACUUGCAGUUUAGAGUCUGAGAACUUUUCCUUUUAUUAAUUUUUUGAGAGUUGAAUAAACAAUUCUUAGACUUUUUAAGGCUUUGGAGUUGAGAUUUGGGGAAGCAAAAGGGCACUGUAGAGUCAGUAUGUGUUCAAAUCAGUUUAUAGACAAGCAAUAGUCACCAUAAGGAACGCUAAAUGACUUGCAAGAAAUGAUUAUAACAAACAUGGCUAGUUCACUCAUUCUUCAUUUGUUCAUUCUAUAGUCAACAAAUUUUGAUUGAGUUUCCAUUAUGUUCCAGACAGUCUGCAAGGAUCUGGGAUACAGUCGACAAUUGCCCUAUAGAAAUUACAUUCCAUUCGUAGAUUAAGGCCAAAAGUAAAUAAACCAAUCAAUUAAAUAGUUACCAAUUCUGAAAAGUACAGGAAGAAUUCAAACAAAGAGCUGCAAUAAAUGUUGAAGGAGGGCUCAAGAGAUCAAGGAAGGACUCUCUAGGGAGAUCACAUAUAAUCUGAGUUUCCCAGCAUGAGAAGGAGCUAAUCUCAUGAAGAGCUGGAGGAGAAAGCUUUAGAAGAGGGAACAACAUAUGUAAAUGUCCCGUGACAAGAAACAAAACUAGAAGAAAUAAAAGUGGUUAGGCAUGAUGAAUUGGAAAUGUCAAGAGUUGAGGUUGGAGAGAGAGGCAGGAUCAAAUUUGUCACAUUAUCAAAAACGAGGAGUUUGGAGUUUUUCUUAACUCCAUGGAGAGAACUAGAUGAUUUUACUCAUAGGAGUGGCUUGAUCUAUUUUAAUUGUGGUGUUUUCAUAAAAGUAAAUACAUCAUGCUCUCAUCUGAUCUGUAGCCAACAGGUUUACUUGCAAAGAAUUUAAUUAAAGUACAAAGAAAAACAUACGCAUUAAAGCUAUAUCUACCUAUUCUUUACUAAAACAAUAAUUAUGAGUUUUUCCUUGGGAUAGUAUCAGGCACUACAGAACAUUGUAAUUCUUUCUCUAUUAUCAUCUCUCUCCUUCCUUAUUGAGGAAGGCUUCCCAGAGACAGCUGGGUGUCCCAUGCAGUCAACCAGAUACCCUGUGCCAACGCAUGUACCAUUUAGGCGCCUGCGGAUGGCUUUGGCUGGAUGCUGAAUAAAAGCAGUCAGAAUCUGAUUUAUUAACCAAUUUAGAAGGUGCUAUAAAUCAAAUUCAUCUUUGGUACCUUCAUUUUCUAACUUAGUAGCUUCAAGUUAGUAGUAGAGUCUUGAUAAUAUUGUUUUAUUUUCUCCCUAAAUACUCUGAACAUUUUAUAUGAAGUCCAAGUAAAUGUGAAUAAUCCCUGUAACCAUAUAAUUUUACUUAUAUGGUUACAGAGAUACCUUUGGUCUGUACUUACUAUAACAGGCAUAAAGUUUCUGGCCACGUGCAUCUUUUGUGUCAUUUAAACAAACAUCUUGUCAUAAGUUUCUAGAAUAUUAUCUUUCACUCAUGAAUAGUGAUAGAUCAUGGUAUUUUUUUGAGAUACCAAACUUGAGUAUCUGAAACUAAAUCAGUUACCUUAAAAACACAUUUUACUUUUUAUGUAUACGUUUUUGAACCUUAUAUAAUAUAUCAAGAGUUUAUCUUUGAAUUCAAAACAUAGCUCUGAAACUUACAGUGUAAACUUGGGUGAGUAUUUAAUCUUUCUGUGCUUUAGUUUCCUCAACUAGAAAAUGCAGGUAGGAAUCAAAGUUGGAUAAUACUGAUAAUUACAUGAGUUUGUAUAUGUUUAAAAACUUACCUCAUAUUUGCAAAAAAUCAUAUAAGUUAUUUAGAAACACCCCUUUUUCCAUUUAAUAAAUACUGUGUUUCAGGCAUUGUGUUAUAUAUUGAGCAUACCAAAUGAGUACAGACAAUCCUUAUCUCAACAGAGAGGCCAGCCAGAUGUAACUAGAAGGUAGGGAAAGGGAUAUGGAAGUCAGCCGUGCAAAUAAAAGAAACCCAGAGCUUCUGGAAGAACCACUGCUUCUUCUGUGCUUUGCAGGAUUCUGGUGUUAGGUUAGAUAAGUUAGGGUCAUUGGGUUGUUUUUCCUUUUUUCAGAUUUGUCAGAGCAAAUACCAGCUUCUUUUUGGGAAGCCUCAGGAACCCUAUAUAAAUAUUUUUAUUUAAUUGGCAGCAGCAUAUUGUAAUGGGUAAAAGCAUGGGUUAUAGAAUAAGAUAGACCUGAAUUCAAGUCCGUUUACCAGCCACAUGACCUUCUGCAGGUUUCUUAACCUCUCUGAGGCUGUUUUCUCAUGUGUAAUACUGGGAUAACAAUACUAUAGACUUUACAGGUUUGUUAUGAUAACUAAAUGAGCUACGUGCUUAACACUGUUUAGCACAUAGUAAGUGCUUGAAAAAAGUUAUUAAUCAUCAUUUUAAUAUUAUCACAUAGCCACUAUCUAUUUUAAAAAUAAGGACUCAUAAAAGUUAAAUGAAUUGCCCAGUGACUUAAUGUGGAUUCAAAUCUGUUUCUCCCUGAUUUCAAAAUCCAUGUAGUUUGCAUUUAUUUUAUGCCUCAUCAGGAGAAAAACAAAACAAAAACUGGACCAUUGUCUCUCAUAAAGUAAAAUCAUUUAGUCCCUCCCAUUACUAUUAAUGUUAAUAAAAAUAAAAUGAAAGGCUCCUGGUUGUCAAAAAUAUGAUACCAGAAUAAAUAUCAACAAUGUUGCAUUUUUUGGAAGGCUGUCAAAAAUAGAUAGCAAGUACGGUUUUCAUUAGCUUUCUUUAUUAAAAUUCUCUACCAAGCGGAGUUACUGCUUUGAGGAUCUUCCAGAUCACAGUAUGUCUCUGUUUCCCAGGUGAGCGGACCUUAUGGUCCAACCCAGGGCUGGCCACUAGUGCAAGAAGCCCAGACGCACAAGGCAGGGUGUGUGGCUGGGGCAGGCCCUCAGCUUUCAUUGGUGUGAGUCAGAAGGUGCUUGAGAAGGUAUAUGUGAGGUUUGAGCUUGAACUUGUGUUUGAUUUGGGAUCCAUUGGCCAAGAAAUCUGACUUCAGCUGCACUGUUAAUAGUGAAUGCUGAGCUUCCCUCCAAUUCAUGCAAGUUAUUCAAGCAGUAAUUGGAGCUUCACUGCUUAAAUGUCUCCUCCUAAAAUAUAUUAAUUCAUAAGUUAUUUAUCAAGUUGGUCAAAUUUAUGGCUUUCAUAAUGAAAAUGUAUCUAAAAUACCUACAUUAUGUGUGUGGGUGUGUAUUUGUGCUUACAUGUGUGUAUGUGUUGCGGAUAUUUAAACUUAGUUUAGAAAGAGAACAUUUACAAUAAUGAAUAGCAUUGCAAAUAUUAGAAGAGUGAAUAUUAAGUGAUCAGAAAUGCACAUCUCAAAUUCUUAUAUUUUUAUCAAGCCUCUGGGAACUCAUUAGAAUUUUUGAAUUAUACUAAAACCCCAUCCCCUUUGUGAAUGGAAAUUUUAGGGUUUCAAGGCUGAAUAAAGUUGUAUUUUAGCUCUAGGCCUUUGAAUAUCUGUUAUACAUUUUUUGGUAGGUGUAUAUGUAGGAUUUCUAUUUUUGGUAAGGUGGAAGCUGCUUAUAUACCUCUGUCUUUUCCAAAGUGAGACAUUUUAUAUAUUAAAGUUUUACACCCCAUUAUUGGAAUAUAUGAUUCCCUCUCAUAACCACUAUCUAUUUUAAAAGUAAGGACUCAUGGGACUGCAGAGGAAAGCAGUAAGGAGAGUCAGAGGUGGGUCUCUUCUCAUGUGUUCUCUGUAGCUUCUUCUCUUACUGGAAGAAACAAAGGAGGAGAUGAAGGUGUUUUGUUUUGCUUUGCUUUUCCUAGAUCACUAGCUGUGGGAAGGGUGGCACAUAUGACUCCAAUAUUGGUAAUAAUAAGUUGCUAAUAUUUUUCUAGCUGUUACCAUGUGUGGGAACUUCUUCUAAGGUUUCUGUCCAUAUUGGCUUAUUAAUUUCACAUUAUCCCUUUGACAAAGGUAAUAUUAUUAUCCCCAGUUUGCAGAUGAAGGCACUAAAGCAUGAUGAGAUUAAAUAACUUCCCCAAAGUGAUAUGUAAAUGGUAAAGCUUGGGUUUAUCUUCAGGCCAUUCAGUCUAUGGCCUGUGAGCUUAUGGACUAUGCUACAUACACUGCCAGUGGUAUCCUUGAACAAGAUAACAAUACUAUUACUAACAACAACAAAAGUAAUUGAAUUUAAAUGUGUUUUUCUCUAUGUUAGCACUGUGCUAAUUGCUUUAACCUUCACAAAAACCUGGAGGUGGAAACUAUUGUAGACCCCAUUCUUACAAUGUGGAAACUAAGCCUCUGAGAAGUUGUAUAACUGCCUCCAGGCCACAUAGUGGGUAAGAGGAGGCACUUAGGUUUGGAUAGAGUCUGUCUGACUUCCAGAGUUACAGAUAAAGAUAGGGAGGAUGAAACACAGACAGUCCAGUCCCUCCUCAUUUCUUGAAACAAGCAUGAGCUUUCCAUUAGCCCGUCACUACCCGCCACCACCUCUGUUAGAAGUCAGGGUCAAAAAGAGUAAAUUACUCACAUCAGUUCAGGGGUGUGUGUGUGUGUGUGUGUGUGUGUGUGUGUGUGUUUUGGUCAGCUAUUACUUAAAAUCUAUGUUGAGUAUUCUAAUUAAUUUAGGAAACAAUGUUUAAAAAGAAGCUAAAUUAUUAGUGAGUUUCCCCUCAAAGCUUCCUAAAGGACCUUUAUGAGAAGUAAUUCAAGAGAUUCCAGAGGAUUAAGAGACUACGAUAUUUAAAGUACCCCAUAACAUAAUAUUGAAUAUAAUCCUGAAGAGAGUUUUUGUUUUUUUUUUUUCCUAAAAAACUCUAUGCCAUCACGUGAAGAAUGAUUAAUGGCCCAAGAUCCCCAGUGUAAAGAAGAGGAAGUGUGAGUGGAGCUUGUUAAGUAUCCUUAUACAUUUGGAAAACUAUGCUCUGGGAGAAAAACUUGACUUGGAAGUUAGAGGGAAGGACGUUUCACCUCAGUCUUAGGUAGAAUUUUCUGUCAACCAGAACUGUACAGUCAUGGAAUGGGCUGUCUCAAAAACUCACCCACUCUCUGUCACCACAGGCAUUUGUGCAGAGGGUGGACAGCAGUCAGAGAUGCUGUCCCAAUAAUGGAGGGAAAAUGAAUAGAUAACAAUUGUAGUUAUGAGAUAUUUUUAUUUUACAUGGAAUAAAUGCUGCUUAACCUACUUAACAAAGUGAGCCAUGUAUUUUAAUAAAUUUUAGUGUAUUUUAGAAUCUAUUAUCUACAAAAGAUGGCAAAAGGGGAAAUAUACCUUAAGAAAGGAAAAAAGUUAAUCUGUUUGAAAACAUAUAUUUGGAAAUACAUUAAGGAGUGUCCUGUAGGUAAAUGGAAUCUAUAAAGAGAUCUAAUAUUUUGGAAAAUACUGUAGAAGCAUCAAAAAAUGCCUAAGAAUGUUAUAGCUCUAUUUGAGUGAAGUUAAAAGGAAGAAACAGGAAAGUAUGUUUUUUGACAAAAAUGAUAAAUUGCCAUAAAGUUCAUGAGACAAAUGAUUUUUUGAAAAAAAUAGUGGUUCUCGGUCUUUGAGGAAGUGCCACAUUGUCUUCCACAAUGAUUGAACUAAUUUACAUUCCCACCAACAGUGUGAAAGCGUUCCUGUUUCUCCACAGCCUCGCCAGCAUCUGUUGUUUCUUGACUUUUUGAUCAUUGUCAUUCUGACUGUUGUGAGAUGGUGUCUCAUUGUGGUUUUGAUUUGCAUUUUUCUAUUCACUAUUCAGUGAUAUUGAGCUUUUUUCCAUAUGUUUGUUGGCUGCAUAAAUGUCUUCCUUUGAGAAGUGUCUGUUCAUGUCCUUUGCCCCCUUUUUAACGGGGUUGUUUGCUUUUUUCUUAUAAAUUUGCUUAGGUUCCUUGUAGAUUCUGGAUAUUAGACCUUUGUCAGAUGGAUAGAUUGCAAAAAUUUUCUCCCAUUCUGUAGGCUGUCUGUUCACUCUGAUGAUAGUUUCUUUUGCUGUGCAAAAGCUCUUUAGUUUAAUUAGAUCCCGUUUGUCAAUUUUUGCUUUUGUUGCAAUUGCUUUUGACAUGUUCGUCAUGAAAUCUUAGCCUGUGCCUAUGUCCUAAAUGGUAUUGUCUAGAUUAUCUUCUAGGGUUUUUAUAGUUUUGGGUUUUACAUUUAAGUAUUUAAUCUACCACAAUCCCAUUAGUGGUAUGUAUCUCCCAAAAUAUAAAUCAUUCUAUUUUAAAGAUAAUGUACACAUAUGUUCAUUGCAGCACUACUCACAAUAGCAAAGACAUGGAAUCAACCCAAAUGCAAAUCAAUGAUGGACUAGAUAAAGAAAAUAUGCUACAUAUACACCAUGGAAUACUAUGCAGCCAUAAAAAGAACGAGAUCAUGUCCUUCGCAGUGACAUGGAUGGAGCUGGAAACCAUUAUCCUCAGCGAACUGACACAGGAACAGAGAACCAAACACCGUUAUGUUCUCAUUUAUAAGUGGGAGCUAAACAAUGAGAACACAUGGACACAGGGAGGGUAACAACACAUACGGGGGCCUGUUGCAGGAGGAGAGCAUUAGGAUAAAUAGCUAAUGCAUGUGGGGCUUAAUACCUAGGUGAUGGGCUGACAGUGCAGAAAACCACCAUGGCACACAUUUACCUGUGUAACAAACCUGCACAUCCUGCACGUGUAUACUGGAACUUAAAGUAAAAUAAAAUAUUUAAAAAAGAAAAUUCAAAGCACAACAAAAUUAAUAAAAGAGGCCAAUCAUUAAGCAAGCAAGACGUUAAUAUUAAGACUACAAAAGACUGAAGCAAACGAAAGUGUCUACAAAGGCUCACCACUGGGCUUGUUCCUGGUUUUUCCCCUGGUUGCUUAAAUAUCAUCCUUCUGCACUAGGUGCACUACAUCCAUAUAUUAGAGCCUGAAAAUAUAUGUACAAUUGAUGUCCAGAUACCUAUGAAUUUUAAUGUUGUAAUAAUAAACUCUGAAAAAUUACAUUGCAGCACUGUUAUUUUGGUGUUGUUUGCAGAAAACACAUUUCAGAGGGAGGCUUUUGAGUUCUCUGUACUACCUGGUCACUGUGUCAUUUCCUUUUUGUUUUCUUAGGUUUUCAUGGGUCAGCUCCUUUUACAUCCAAAAGAUAUAAAGAAGACAGGGUGCAAAGUGGUACAAUACUAUAUUGAGGGUGCUAUGACUUUUUUGAAGAGAAGGAACGUGGUCUUCAAAAGAAAGAAUUCAGAAGGUCUAUACAAUGGCCCCCUUGUCAGUACUGAGAAUGAGCUCAAAUUUCAUCAUGAUUCUUUGGUUUAGUAUCAUUUACACAGAAAAUAAAAAGGGAAGAUAAUCAGUGGAAAGUGGGCUUUUCUGUAGCACGGGAGAGAAUUAGAGUUGGCUCAAAGGCAGGCUCUGGAAUACAGAAAUCUGAUAUGCCCUGCUUGCUAUUUUUUAGGAUACUGAAAGUUAGUAUGAUUAUUUCAGAGUUUUAAGCCUGCUAGAAUUUGUUCUGCAGAUAUGUAGACAUCUACAUUCAUAAGAUUUAUAAGUAAGCACUUUGAAUUUGUGAGAUGCUAAUAUCUGGGGCUGGGCUUGCUCCUCUCUGCUUUUUUUUUCUCAUUAGACUUCUCUCUAAAACUGGGGAAGGCAUCUUCUAUGUGAAAAUAUAAUUUCUUGAAAGUAGAGAGAAGGGUCUUGAAAACCCUUCUUUAGAUGUUUUGAUAGCAAACAAUUCUGGCACAAAGCGUCCCCAGUGAUGGAAGAAAAACUGCCUCUCAUGCACUGUCAUCCUUCUUUGAUCUUUUACCUCUUUUGCAGUGUAAUCUCCAAAUCAAUUCCCUGAAGGUUUUGUGCUUUUCUCCUCUAAUUGCUAUUAGAGAGGGCUGUGAAUCCUCCUACUUCCUCACUCUGCAUAGUUUCUAACAGUUCUCUUUGACCAAAGUUAUUCAGUAAAAUUAAAGGGGAUAGGAUCAAAGGCCAUGUGUUUUCAGAAUGAUGCUGUCAUUUUUGUGGGGUCCUUACCAUUUUGAAAUAGUGCAGGGCAGGGGGUAGGCAAUUGCAGUUUUUCAGCAUUUUCAUGGAGCAGAGAUCUCACCACCUCAACCGAACCACUUAAGGGCAUUCAUUUAAAAGCUUAGAAAGGCUGGAGGCUUCCCCACUAAAGGCAGCAUCUCGCAACCGGAUGAAUACCACACUGCAUGAGGAAAACCACGCUGCCCUUGCAGUCUUCCACCUUCCUCUUUACUCCAUUUAUCAAACUCAUGGUAACUCACAAGAAGCAUUCAGUUUUAAUUUGUCUUGCUUGACUUCAUUACCUACUACCAUAUGUAUGCAUGCUUAAUGAAAAUUGUCAGUGGGCUUCCAGCUCAGAAUCAGCACAUGCUACCCAGAAGAUGGAUCAUGGUACAGGUAUUUAGUAUAUGCCAGGCACUGUUCUAAGUGCUUUGCCAAUAUUAGCUUAUUUAGUCCUCACAACAACCAUAGGCAUAAGGGUUUAUUUUAAUCUCCAUUGUACGGUUAAGGACUCCAAGACACAAAGAAGGUACGUAAAUCUCCCAAGACUAGCUUCAAAAUUGGAAUUUGAACCAUGCAGCUUGAUUCCAGAAUUCAUGCUGUUAACUAAUACAUCAACAUCAGACCAAAGUAAUAAUCUGAAAGAAAUGCUGAGCGUUUCUUCUUUGAAGUCUUUAACUCUUAUGUAAGAUUAAAUUACCAAAAAACAGAGGCAGUGAUUUUAUUCCUGAAGUCCCUUUUGAAAGAAAUAGGAGACAAGAGAAAGCUUGUCUUUACAGCCUAGUAGACUGGUUUCAAUCCAGACUCCAGUUAUACUAGUAUGUUAGACUUGUUACUAAUUUCUCUGGAUCUCACUUGCUUAAUCUGUGAGAUAAGAAAAUGACCAUAACACCUACUUCAUAAGGUUGACAUGGGCAUAAACCUAUGCAAUGCAUUGUGCUAGGUGAUACAUGUGAGCCGAUAUUAUUUUAAUACUGCCUUCAAUCCUUUGUGGAAAUAGAAUAGUAACAGAAAAUGAAUCAGCUGUGUAUGAGAUCUAUUAAAGUGAUAUUGUUUGGUAGAUAAUCAGAGGCAUAAAUUUUACUAUACGAGGUAGGUCAAUGGUCUGCCUUCCACCCGUGGACUAGUUUUCUGCAAUAUCUUUCUUAAAUUUUUGACACAAGACCAUUGUGAGUGAAAUGGUGUUGUAGCGCAGUGUGUCAGGUAUUGAUUUCAUGCUGGGGUGGGCCUGUGUUGUCCCGGUUCUGAAUUACAGCAGUGUAUCACAUCUGCUUGCACCACUCCCAGUUCAGCUCUGACUGCAUAAUAGUCAUGGAGCUGGGAUUUACCAAUCUCUUCAAGUUAAUUAGAAAUGGAAAAUCAGCAUAGUCACAGAGUAAAAAAUAAAUAAGAUGGCGAUGCUCCAAGGAUGUGGGGAUUCUCCCCAUAGGAGUUGUCAGGUCAACUGCUCCCACUGAGGUCCGAUGCCUGGGGGCACAUGGGAGCCGAAGGGGGGUUGUGUCAGGAACUCCCUUCUCGUCUCACCGUCCCAACUUACUAUGUGAAAUUAUCCAAUUUCUACCUUCAAAUUGAAAAACUGUCCUUUAAUUCUCUCUCUCACCACAGGAGUCCUAAAGACUAUACAUUCCAACUCAGCAACUGUUUCAUAAAGCCUCCUUAGAAAAUGAUGGGGGUGGACACCCCACUUGAGGAAAGUCCAUUCUUUAUAGACAGCAUCCCAUGUGGCACUUUAUGGGUUAAACUUGUGUUGCAGAGAAACGGUAUCAAGUGGCUUUCCAGGAGAUAACCCCCAUUUAAAAACUGCCAUCUCUAAAAGGUGAGCCAAAUGCCCAUGAGUUUAAACUGCUUUGUAUGAAAGGAACAACCCCGUGUGUUUGAGUUUGCUUCUGUCUCAGUGUCUGUCAUCUAUACAACCGAUUAUCAGGAUGAAGACUGUCAAUCACGGUUAAUAAAAACCUCAGAACACGACACAGAUCUCUUUUACUAUAGAUGUAUUUGAUGAUAGCCUCACUUUAUUAUGUCACAUAAAUCAAAAGGGAAGCAUUUAUCUCAUCAUUCGGAGGCACCCCUUCUCUCCCUGUGUCCUCGCCCCUCCCCCCGUACCAGUUCUCAGUCCCUCAAAGAUGCUUUGUGCAAGAAAGUGCAAGUUUCCCGUUCUGGCUUCAUUUUUGUUCCCUUUUGCGAUCCUCCUGGCUCCCCCCCAAAACCAAGCUAGCAAAGCAAUGGCCCCGGUUCCCCCCCAACGCCUGACCUGCGUUUACUGGGAGGAGAGCGGGAGAGGGAGCGCGCAUUCCGGAGCAGGCUGCUUUGACUCCGACCACAGGCUGUUUUGUGCAGGCUGUCCCUCUUCUUCAAAAUCGUGCAUCCCCUCCCCGAAGCAGCAGGCAGUGUGCCUCCAUUCAGCCACAUUUGGUAUGCAUGAGCACGGCUGCAGAGAGAGGGGAGGUGGCUUUUUUAAGAAGGUUCAGGGGCUCAGGCAAGGCUACUUGACUAGUCUUCCAAGUUCCAGGAAGCCUCUGCCCUAAUGGAAUUUGCAGGUGUGGAGAUGACCAUGGGAUGCCAGAGCCGUGGGGGACCGUUUAUUUUCUAGGCAUUGCUCAGGUUUUCAGUUUCUUGUUUUCCUGGUGGAAUUUGGAAGGGGUCAUGAAUCAGGCUGAUGCUCCUCGACCCCUAAACUGGACCAUCCGGAAGCUGUGCCACGCAGCCUUUCUUCCAUCUGUCAGACUUCUGAAGGCUCAGAAAUCCUGGAUAGAAAGAGCAUUUUAUAAAAGAGAAUGUGUCCACAUCAUACCCAGCACCAAAGACCCCCAUAGGUGUUGCUGUGGGCGUCUGAUAGGCCAGCAUGUUGGCCUCACCCCCAGUAUCUCCGUGCUUCAGAAUGAGAAAAAUGAAAGUCGCCUCUCCCGAAAUGACAUCCAGUCCGAAAAGUGGUCCAUCAGCAAACACACUCAACUCAGCCCUACGGAUGCUUUUGGGACCAUUGAGUUCCAAGGAGGUGGCCAUUCCAACAAAGCCAUGUAUGUGCGAGUAUCUUUUGAUACAAAACCUGAUCUCCUCUUACACCUGAUGACCAAGGAAUGGCAGUUGGAGCUUCCCAAGCUUCUCAUCUCUGUCCAUGGGGGCCUGCAGAACUUUGAACUCCAGCCAAAACUCAAGCAAGUCUUUGGGAAAGGGCUCAUCAAAGCAGCUAUGACAACUGGAGCGUGGAUAUUCACUGGAGGGGUUAACACAGGUGUUAUUCGUCAUGUUGGCGAUGCCUUGAAGGAUCAUGCCUCUAAGUCUCGAGGAAAGAUAUGCACCAUAGGUAUUGCCCCCUGGGGAAUUGUGGAAAACCAGGAGGACCUCAUUGGAAGAGAUGUUGUCCGGCCAUACCAGACCAUGUCCAAUCCCAUGAGCAAGCUCACUGUUCUCAACAGCAUGCAUUCCCACUUCAUUCUGGCUGACAACGGGACCACUGGAAAAUAUGGAGCAGAGGUGAAACUUCGAAGACAACUGGAAAAGCAUAUUUCACUCCAGAAGAUAAACACAAGAUGCCUGCCGUUUUUCUCUCUUGACUCCCGCUUGUUUUAUUCAUUUUGGGGUAGUUGCCAGUUAGACUCAGUUGGAAUCGGUCAAGGUGUUCCUGUGGUGGCACUCAUAGUGGAAGGAGGACCCAAUGUGAUCUCGAUUGUUUUGGAGUACCUUCGAGACACCCCUCCCGUGCCAGUGGUUGUCUGUGAUGGGAGUGGACGGGCAUCGGACAUCCUGGCCUUUGGGCAUAAAUACUCAGAAGAAGGCGGACUGAUAAAUGAAUCUCUGAGGGACCAGCUGUUGGUGACUAUACAGAAGACUUUCACAUACACUCGAACCCAAGCUCAGCAUCUGUUCAUCAUCCUCAUGGAGUGCAUGAAGAAGAAGGAAUUGAUUACGGUAUUUCGGAUGGGAUCAGAAGGACACCAGGACAUUGAUUUGGCUAUCCUGACAGCUUUACUCAAAGGAGCCAAUGCCUCGGCCCCAGACCAACUGAGCUUAGCUUUAGCCUGGAACAGAGUCGACAUCGCUCGCAGCCAGAUCUUUAUUUACGGGCAACAGUGGCCGGUGGGAUCUCUGGAGCAAGCCAUGUUGGAUGCCUUAGUUCUGGACAGAGUGGAUUUUGUGAAAUUACUCAUAGAGAAUGGAGUAAGCAUGCACCGUUUUCUCACCAUCUCCAGACUAGAGGAAUUGUACAAUACGAGACAUGGGCCCUCAAACACAUUGUACCACUUGGUCAGGGAUGUCAAAAAGCGAGAGUAUCCAGGUUUCGGUUGGAUCUAUUUUAAGGGGAACCUGCCCCCAGACUACAGAAUCAGCCUGAUUGACAUCGGCCUGGUGAUCGAGUACCUGAUGGGCGGGGCUUAUCGCUGCAACUACACGCGCAAGCGCUUCCGGACCCUCUACCACAACCUCUUCGGCCCCAAGAGGCCCAAAGCCUUGAAACUGCUGGGAAUGGAGGAUGAUAUUCCCUUGAGGCGAGGAAGAAAGACAACCAAGAAACGUGAAGAAGAGGUGGACAUUGACUUGGAUGAUCCUGAGAUCAACCACUUCCCCUUCCCUUUCCAUGAGCUCAUGGUGUGGGCUGUCCUCAUGAAGCGGCAGAAGAUGGCCCUGUUCUUCUGGCAGCACGGUGAGGAGGCCAUGGCCAAGGCCCUGGUGGCCUGCAAGCUCUGCAAAGCCAUGGCUCAUGAGGCCUCUGAGAACGACAUGGUUGACGACAUUUCCCAGGAGCUGAAUCACAAUUCCAGAGACUUUGGCCAGCUGGCUGUGGAGCUCCUGGACCAGUCCUACAAGCAGGACGAACAGCUGGCCAUGAAACUGCUGACGUAUGAGCUGAAGAACUGGAGCAACGCCACGUGCCUGCAGCUUGCCGUGGCUGCCAAACACCGCGACUUCAUCGCGCACACGUGCAGCCAGAUGCUGCUCACCGACAUGUGGAUGGGCCGGCUCCGCAUGCGCAAGAACUCAGGCCUCAAGGUAAUUCUGGGAAUUCUACUUCCUCCUUCAAUUCUCAGCUUGGAGUUCAAGAACAAAGACGACAUGCCCUAUAUGUCUCAGGCCCAGGAAAUCCACCUCCAAGAGAAGGAGGCAGAAGAACCAGAGAAGCCCACAAAGGAAAAAGAGGAAGAGGACAUGGAGCUCACAGCAAUGUUGGGACGAAACAACGGGGAGUCCUCCAGGAAGAAGGAUGAAGAGGAAGUUCAGAGCAGGCACCGGUUAAUCCCCCUCGGCAGAAAAAUCUAUGAAUUCUACAAUGCACCCAUCGUGAAAUUCUGGUUCUACACACUGGCGUAUAUCGGAUACCUGAUGCUCUUCAACUAUAUCGUGUUAGUGAAGAUGGAACGCUGGCCGUCCACCCAGGAAUGGAUCGUCAUCUCCUAUAUUUUCACCCUGGGAAUAGAAAAGAUGAGAGAGAUUCUGAUGUCAGAGCCAGGGAAGUUGCUACAGAAAGUGAAGGUAUGGCUGCAGGAGUACUGGAAUGUCACGGACCUCAUUGCCAUCCUUCUGUUUUCUGUCGGAAUGAUCCUUCGUCUCCAAGACCAGCCCUUCAGGAGUGACGGGAGGGUCAUCUACUGCGUGAACAUCAUUUACUGGUAUAUCCGUCUCCUAGACAUCUUCGGCGUGAACAAGUAUUUGGGCCCGUAUGUAAUGAUGAUUGGAAAAAUGAUGAUAGACAUGAUGUACUUUGUCAUCAUUAUGCUGGUGGUUCUGAUGAGCUUUGGGGUCGCCAGGCAAGCCAUCCUUUUUCCCAAUGAGGAGCCAUCAUGGAAACUGGCCAAGAACAUCUUCUACAUGCCCUAUUGGAUGAUUUAUGGGGAAGUGUUUGCGGACCAGAUAGACCCUCCCUGUGGACAGAAUGAGACCCGAGAGGAUGGUAAAAUAAUCCAGCUGCCUCCCUGCAAGACAGGAGCUUGGAUCGUGCCGGCCAUCAUGGCCUGCUACCUCUUAGUGGCAAACAUCUUGCUGGUCAACCUCCUCAUUGCUGUCUUUAACAAUACAUUUUUUGAAGUAAAAUCGAUAUCCAACCAAGUCUGGAAGUUUCAGAGGUAUCAGCUCAUCAUGACUUUCCAUGAAAGGCCAGUUCUGCCCCCACCACUGAUCAUCUUCAGCCACAUGACCAUGAUAUUCCAGCACCUGUGCUGCCGAUGGAGGAAACACGAGAGCGACCCAGAUGAAAGGGACUACGGCCUGAAACUCUUCAUAACCGAUGAUGAGCUCAAGAAAGUACAUGACUUUGAAGAGCAAUGCAUAGAAGAAUACUUCAGAGAAAAGGAUGAUCGGUUCAACUCAUCUAAUGAUGAGAGGAUACGGGUGACUUCAGAAAGGGUGGAGAACAUGUCUAUGCGGCUGGAGGAAGUCAACGAGAGAGAGCACUCCAUGAAGGCUUCACUCCAGACCGUGGACAUCCGGCUGGCGCAGCUGGAAGACCUUAUUGGGCGCAUGGCCACGGCCCUGGAGCGCCUGACAGGUCUGGAGCGGGCCGAGUCCAACAAAAUCCGCUCGAGGACCUCGUCAGACUGCACGGACGCAGCCUACAUUGUCCGUCAGAGCAGCUUCAACAGCCAGGAAGGGAACACCUUCAAGCUCCAAGAGAGUAUAGACCCUGCAGGUGAGGAGACCAUGUCCCCAACUUCUCCAACCUUAAUGCCCCGUAUGCGAAGCCAUUCUUUCUAUUCGGUCAAUAUGAAAGACAAAGGUGGUAUAGAAAAGUUGGAAAGUAUUUUUAAAGAAAGGUCCCUGAGCCUACACCGGGCUACUAGUUCCCACUCUGUAGCAAAAGAACCCAAAGCUCCUGCAGCCCCUGCCAACACCUUGGCCAUUGUUCCUGAUUCCAGAAGACCAUCAUCGUGUAUAGACAUCUAUGUCUCUGCUAUGGAUGAGCUCCACUGUGAUAUAGACCCUCUGGACAAUUCCGUGAACAUCCUUGGGCUGGGCGAGCCAAGCUUUUCAACUCCAGUACCUUCCACAGCCCCUUCAAGUAGUGCCUAUGCAACACUUGCACCCACAGACAGACCUCCAAGCCGGAGCAUUGAUUUCGAGGACAUCACCUCCAUGGACACUAGAUCUUUUUCUUCAGACUACACCCACCUCCCAGAAUGCCAAAACCCCUGGGACUCAGAGCCUCCGAUGUACCACACCAUUGAGCGUUCCAAAAGUAGCCGCUACCUAGCCACCACACCCUUUCUUCUAGAAGAGGCUCCCAUUGUGAAAUCUCAUAGCUUUAUGUUUUCCCCCUCAAGGAGUUAUUAUGCCAACUUUGGGGUGCCUGUAAAAACAGCAGAAUACACAAGUAUUACAGACUGUAUUGACACAAGGUGUGUCAAUGCCCCUCAAGCAAUUGCGGACAGAGCUGCCUUCCCUGGAGGUCUUGGAGACAAAGUGGAGGACUUAACUUGCUGCCAUCCAGAGCGAGAAGCAGAACUGAGUCACCCCAGCUCUGACAGUGAGGAGAAUGAGGCCAAAGGCCGCAGAGCCACCAUUGCAAUAUCCUCCCAGGAGGGUGAUAACUCAGAGAGAACCCUGUCCAACAACAUCACUGUUCCCAAGAUAGAGCGCGCCAACAGCUACUCGGCAGAGGAGCCAAGUGCGCCAUAUGCACACACCAGGAAGAGCUUCUCCAUCAGUGACAAACUCGACAGGCAGCGGAACACAGCAAGCCUGCGAAAUCCCUUCCAGAGAAGCAAGUCCUCCAAGCCGGAGGGCCGAGGGGACAGCCUGUCCAUGAGGAGACUGUCCAGAACAUCGGCUUUCCAAAGCUUUGAAAGCAAGCACAACUAAACCUUCUUAAUAUCCGCCACAGAAGGCUCAAGAAUCCAGCCCUAAAAUUCUCUCCAACUCCAGUUGUUCCCCUUUCCUUGAAUCAUACCUGCUUUAUUCUUAGCUGAGCAAAACAAGCAAUGCUUUGGGAGGUGUUAACUCAAAGGUGACUUCUGGGCCACAGAUCAAGAAAGCAUUUGAUCUGACCCAGUGCCAGACACAGGGGAUUUAAGGCAUGUUCACACUUGCUGGGCAGGGAGGGGGAAGAGAGGGAGAAGGAAGGGUUAGAGAUGAAUGUGUAUCCGCAGUCACAGCAGAAAGCCAUGAGAGCAGGGGAAACAAGGGGCUUCGAGCACGCUCCAUGCCAGGAGGCAUCUGUUGAUUUCUGACCAUUAUCAAGAGUUGUAGGAUGCAGGGCUAAAUUGCAAAAUAAAAUAAAAUAGCCAGCGUACACAAUGAGAUAUUCUAAACUUCCAUUCUGUUUUCUUUUCACAUUGGCUCCAUCACUGGUGACUGAUGAAGAGCAUCCUCUUUAUUCAGUAUAAGCCGGCAGCAAGCAGUUCUACCUAACGUCCCACAUCCUUCUCAUGCCAACACUUCUGUAAUUGAUCAUUAUAAAGAAAAAACAAGGUAACAGUCAUAGUUCACCUGUCUCUUAUCUAUUCACUUCUGGUGCCACAACUGUUUAUCCUUUUUUGAAGAAAAUAAGGGAACAGAAAUGCCUUUUUGUAUUGCAAUCGAAAUGAAAGAAGAGUUGAUGUUAAAAAAACAAAAGUCAAGUGAUUUAUUAUAUACAGUGGGCGUUCAAGUCUAGUCGAGCAAGCUCAGGAGAAUGUAAUUAAAUAAUUUUAUAUUUUUUAAUUUAUUUUGUAUCUCACCUGUCAUAGAUGAAUUCAUUCACUGAAUAUGUAAUAUUGAACUUAAAAAAAAAAAAAAGAACAGUGGACAGAACUAGCCUGAAAUUGCCAUGUGGGAUGUUCUGUUCUCACCGUUCAUGUCGUGUGUUGUGCUGCUGUGUGACCGUCAUCAUUUGCAUGGCUCCACCACGUCCUCCUGAACACCUCCCAAGACGUAACUGCCAAUUUUUCACACCACUCAUCACAUGACCAUUUUGUAUAUGAAUAUAUGGUUAUAUGUGGAUAUUUUCAUACCUAGAGUUUUGCCAUCUAAUCUGAGCUCAGCAUAAAUUUAAUUGGAGUUUUUCAAGGGCUGGUAUCUUUUCUAUGGAAAUGUUCCAAAGUACUUUUUAAGGAAGUUUCAAAACUAUAAAUAACCUUAGAUUUGACUGGGAGUUUGGUAUCAACCCAAAGCCAUCAGUUGCAAGCAUACCAUGAAUAUUUUUCUUAUAGACAGAGCUAUAAAAAAAGAUACAGUAGACCAAAAUAGAAAGCAAAUAAACCAUAUAAAGAGUUCUAUAGUAUAUGCCACUUAUACACAUGUAUAUGCAUUUAUGCAGAGACACAUAUUUAUAUAUAAAAUAAAUGGACAUAAAGAGCUUUCUUAAGAGGCUUGGACUUUUCUAUCACCUUGAAGUAUAAUCAAGAUUUUUUUUAAUAUACAAGAAGUUCCAUUGAAAGAGUUCAUUAUACUAUUAGACCAAAUGUUGAAAUUAUGAAUUUUUAAAAUUCCUAUGACUUUUCCUCAUAUCAAACUAGAGUUGUCAAAAUGACUCACUGCUCGCCUUCUGCCCUUUUUUGUCUGAAAUCACUCACUAUCAGGACAUCUUAUUUAUUCUGGCUUUUCCUAAACAAAGUUUUUACACCACAUACAAUCUGAAUAGACACGCAACUUUAAACCAGCUAGUGUUACAGACUCUAAAGUAGAGGCAUAAUCUUCUAGAUCAGAAUCUGGAUUGGAAGUGGGAUAAAGAAAUCUUGACCCCAAAUCUUUGGAUUCCUAUUUGGCUCAUUAACGUUUAAAAAAGAAUAAAGCCUUUAAGGAAAACAAUCUAUUGUUCCUGGCCUGAGAUACUACCUGGUUCUUUUGUUUAAUUAUAAUUGAAAACACCAAGUUUUACUUUAUUUUGUGAAAUCAAGUAAAUACAUGGCCUUUAAAUAUAAGAUAAAAAAACAAAAUAAAAACUCUUCUGAAUAAGCAUUUCAGGUAUAAAAAGUGUGAUGAGGUCACAUAUGUAAAGAAUUAAACAAUUCCUUUUUCACUCCUUGGCAUUUAGGUGAAUUGCUAACAAACACCCAGACUCCCUUAUUUACAGCUGUUCUAGAAACACUUAACAUUUUAUUGGGCCCCACACUGGCUAUUUCCCUCUCAGCAAACAUGCACUGGGUCUGAGAAUAAAUCAGUCGUUCUUAAACUUCCUUGAGUCAUGAAUCCCUAUGAGGAUCUGAUGAUAACUCUAGGCUCUCUCUCCAGAAAGAAAAAAAAAAUGUACAUAAUGCAAAGUUGCAAUAUAACUUGAAAGGGUUCAUGAGCCCCUGGUUCUAUACUGAUUAUGAGGGAAAGGAACCAUGUUUGCUCGUAGUUAAUGCAGUUGUAAUAGGCACUUUACAUUUGAGACCAUCUCUCUGUGAUUCUCAGGAAGGCCAAAUCUCAGCACCAGAGUUUGAACAAAGAUUUUGUUAUUUUUGUUCUUUAAAUUAGAUGUUGCCAAUUUAAUGCACUUACAUCCUAACAUGUUGAUGAUUUUAAGUAUCAAGCACAAUCACAAUGCUGAAGUCUCCCUGAAGGGUCUAUAGAGGAAUCCAAGAAGGAGGUGAAAACAUUAUUCAUUGACAUCAAACACCUCCAAGGCCUCAUUCUGGGCCAGAUUGGAAGUGAGGGAAAGAAAUUUUCAGCGCAAGUGUUUCCAUUCAUCGUGAUUUCAGAGAGAAAAGGAUAGGAACUGGGAAACGAAAUACUCAACAGUCCUGAUCUUGCAAUUACCUGAUUCUUUUGUUGUGCAUGAAAAUUAAGUUCUAACGUCUGUGAAACGUGUGAAAUAUAUAAGCCAAACUUAAAUGACUGUAGACACAAACUGUGUAACUUCCAUGAGCCAUUUCCUUCCUGUGCACAUGUAUGUGUGUUAUUUUUCAGUCCAUUUCCUUCCAUUUCUGGGUUCUCUGUGCAGCAAUGUGGCAUUGAUUCUGUGGCCUUGUGCAGUCAGCUUAUGCUCAGCCCAUUGAUUCCACCACAUCCCUGAUCGAGGGGACGUUAAUUACCUGUCUUUGUGAAUUAAGCAGUUUAUGAGCAGCUAGUUACUGAGGACCGUAAAUAAAGUCAUAGAGAGCUCAAGGAAGUAAUAGCUUCGGUUUAAUCAUCUGCUCCAAAGGUGCCAAUUUUUACAUACUACUAUAUGUAAUGAUUUGUUCUAAAUUGCUUGUUCCUUUUGAAAAAAAAUUUAAGGAUGUUUUAUGAAAAUGACCAUGGAGGUCUCCUGUUUAACCAAUAUACUUUAUAUUUAUAGUUAGAGGGCCCCUCCUUGAUAGAUUUGAAUGAGGAGCUGGAAAGCUUGGGUACAAUUUUCAUGACUAGUUUGUAUUAUCUCUGCAAGCCAAAAGGUGUAUUAGCAGUCAGAAUACAGCACUUUACAGAAAUGGAUUUUUUAAAUGUAUAAGUUUCAAGGUCUAGGAUAUUAUUUAGCACUUUGAAAGUUCCCCUUUUAAAAUAUAUAUAUAAGAAUAAUCAAAUGAGAAAAAUGUACUCAUAAAAACACAAAAUGUGUUUCUUCUGAAUGUUUCAAAUGUAUUCUAAAAUAUGGUUUCUAUAGAUAAUAUUAUGGUAGAUAACUGGAUAGUACUUUUUUACUUUCUGAGUCUGUACAGUCUAAUCUUCCUGAAUGUUUGGGCUGUUUAAUUUCUUUAAAGAUGAUAAAUAUUAUCCGGUCAUCCAUCAUGCUCUAUCUAUAGGCUAUACCAUUCAUAUGUUGGGCAAUGCUGUAUUAUAAAACACAUGUAAACAUGUAUGUAACCCAUGUUUAACCCAGCCUAGUUGUAGCAUGUGGUUGUAUUAAUGAACGUUACAGGAGAGCUUUAUAAUCAUUUAUAAAUCUGUAACAUUCAAUAAAGAAACACAUGUUGCAAUGAUUAAUUAUGUUCCCAAUUCCAUGUUAUUUAGCAUCUUUGUGAACUGGGCAUUUUUGUUCCUGAUCUGCUUGAUGCUUUUCAUGUUCCUGCAGACCACUGUAAAAUAUGUGUGUAAGCUGAUGUAUAUCCUCUAAUGAGUCCUGCGAGCUGUGGUAGGCAAGUUGUGAUUUUGUGAAAGAUGAACAGGCAUGUUAUGCAAAAGACUAUAUGACAAAUGAACUUAAAAUGAUAUUUUAAACUCCAGUUGAAUUAGCUGUUUACAUCUGCCAACCCCAUGCAGAAGCAGUGUACAGUAUUUUAUAAAUAUGUUCAUUUAGUAACACUAUGUUGUUUCUAGAUAAAGUGAUACUAGUGUGUAGGUGGUUAUAUAUUUGGCCUAGAUAUUGCAUUAUAACUCACUAUCCUUUAACAAUAACAAUGUGACUUAAAUGAAGUAAUCUCUCUCCAAACCUGGUCUUAAUUUUGUGUCAACAAAAUGCAUGCACUGCUUUAUGCAUUUCUUUUGACUUUUCUAAGGCACUUAACAUUUUACUAUUGCCUGCUGUGACGCUUAAGCCAGUUAGGAAUUCACUCAAACAGUUGGGCUUCUUACUAUGGGGAUUAUGUUCAGUUUUGAAAAAUUAAAAACAAAAAAAAAGUAACCAAGGGAUUUUUAAAUCUUUUUUUUAAGCACUGAACAAAUAAUAUGAAAUAAAGUAUUAACUGCAGGUUGUAUAGCCAUGGGACCCAGAGGUGUCAAGCCAACACCUCUUGGGUCUGCCAAGGUCUAGGUGUUGUGCAUCUGUGAUAUAUGCAAGACACAUUUCUGAUUCUUCAGAGCUACUGGGUGCAAAUUGCUAAGCCGGAGAUGAGAGCGAAAAGUCCAUUUGUGAUAGUGCAGAAGUGCGCAGAUCGCUGUGAAUGUGUGAUCCAAUGAUAUGACAAGAGACCUCCCUCCUUGUCUUGUGGCUUCUUCACCUUGGGGGUGAGCCUAGCCUGGGGGUGGGAGGCGUGUGUUUGGGUGUCUGAUGAAGCACUGGGUGGUUCUAAAGAGUUUACUCUUUUAGAAAAUCAUCAUUACUAGAAGCCAUUCAACAUCUGUUAAAGAGAGGAGCCAAUUUGCACAGUUUUGAAAAUGACUGCUCCUAAAAUGAGUAGACAAAACUUUCCUCUCAGCCUGCAUUGACCUAAGCUUUCUCUUCUUUUUACAAGUUGGAUAUUCUGUCUCUCAGAUUGGAGUCAACCAAAAGAAAGGCUGGUUCCAAUUAAGGAAAAGCAAUUUUUUUCUUUUAAUUCCUCUCAGAAGGUAGUUGUGUUACCUUUUCUCUGAUGAUUUCCUUGCACUCAUCACUGCUAAUGAAAGCAACGUGACUGUUUCUACAGGUCAUCUAAGAGAGGAUUUUGGUGACCAGGUAAUCCAGAUGGCAAUAAGAAUGAGGUGAAUUUUCCCUUCCUUACCUUACCUAGUCUACCAGCCUCCUUAAACCUGCAGGCCCUUGUGCGUUUGCACAAUGUUUGUGUGCUGGAAACUGAAAAGACAUGUGUAUGGCUAGAAGUCCAUAGGCUUUGUAAAGUGUGUCAGUGCCAAUCAGGACCCAUGCCUUCCUCUGGAGGAGACAGGUGGCUGAGGCCUAUGGGGCAAAGAGGGAAAUUCAGCCUUGUGCCUGGAUGUGCGGCUUUCUUUCUCCCCUCUUCUUGCUUCUCUUCUCUUAGUCUAAGACUAGCUGCUUUUUCACCAGACCAACAGACCCUUGCCCCCAUUACCUUUAUACCUUGUUGACCCUGGCUCAGUAAGCUGAAACAGCGGCCGCUUGGAAAAAGGCAAACAUUUAGACUUUGUCCCAGGCCUGAUCUUCCCACCAACUUAGCCUCCUCCUGCCUCUACCCCGGCUGGUGUUCACAUUGACCUCGUCCAAUUUUUGCCUCUCUAAAUCUCAAGAGUCCUACACAUCUUCACCACAGCUUCCCACACAUCAUUAAAACCAGCCAUCUGCACAUAGACUGAGAGGCUGCAAAUUCAAACACAUGGAGGGGCCAGAUCCAGAAAACACAAAUGUGUGAACUGGACUGGUGAAAGUCAACAGAAGUAGGGUUUGUAAGUAAGGCAUGACAGAAUACACAUCCCACCACAAACACCUUCAAAUUCAGCUUUCCAAACACUGUCCUAGCCAAACAAACAUGUCUGCCAGCAGCAUUCAGUCCCAAAGGCAAUAGUUUGGGACCUCUGAUUUAGAGCCAACAGGAUCAGAUUCUUGAUAGUGACUUGGUGAGUGUACACACAAAAUACACUGAGAACCGAGAGGGGGGAAAAGAAACUCGCCUUAUUCAGAGUUACUCUUGUUCUGAAUGAUAUAUGCAUGUAUAUUUGUUAGCCACAUAAUUCUAAACUUGAACACAGUCUUUGUGAGAGAGAUUCAGAAGAAGAGUACCAUAGCAUGGUAUGAAGACUUACCUGCUUCCUGUCACUACUGCGUCUGACCUGAGUUUAUAUUGCUGCUACCGCUGUGUAAAAACAGUACGUGCAGUAUACUGUACUCAUAGCCAUUUCAUAAUAUAGGACCUAGACUCUCAUUUGUAAACGUUCUAACCCUAGUUUAUAAUGGGGGAAAUUAUUCAGAUAUCAUUUUUAAAUGAAUUCCUACAAAUACAAUGGUUUUAAAAUUGGGUUUGCUGAAUAUAUAUACAUCUUUUCCUUCUUUGUGUAUGGAUAGACCACGGUAUGCAUAUCUAUUGACACUAUAAAUAUAUAUAAAUCCUUAGAAGAAUUGUUCUUUUUUAAAGGUCUAUUAUUGGAUUCACAAUGCACUUUGAGUUUGAUUGUUUAGAUAUACAAUUCAGAGCAGAAGUUGGCAGAUACCAUGGGAAAAACUUUCUGAAAUUUCUGUAACAAAUGUUUUGCAAUAAAAAAAAAAACUCAGUAGUUUAAAACAUGA